CGACGACGACGUCCCUCCAACGACAUUAUGCCGCCCUCACAUACUUGCCAGCGAUGCCUGCUGUCUCUCAGCAAUGGUUUGCGUCCUCAACUAAGGACGUCGCGGAUCUCUCUCCGGGCAAUUGCCUCUGCCAGCGGUCAGCCCACCAGGCCUUCGACAGCACCACAACCGCUCCCAGCAAAGCGACGAGUUUCUACAACUUCCAAGAAAGACCAGAGCACGGCUAGUGAAACUGCUCUACCUAGAACACCUCCCGGGCUGGAGUUUAGGAAGCCGGAACCCAAACAGAGAGUUCUCCUCGAGCCCAACAAUCUGUUUCAUCCUUUUUCCAAUUCGCCCGUCCCCGAGAUUCGGCAGCGUGCCGCAUUUCAAAAGCAGCAUGCCUAUUGUCCUCAUCCAGACCACAGGCAGACGCGCCAACCAAUGAACCCCGAUGACGCCGAAGCAAAGAAAUCACCAACUGCCGGCUCAGCACCCGCCCACGUCCGAUUCGAGUGCCCGGACUGCGGAGUCCCUGUAUACUGCUCAGAAGAACAUUGGGCCGAUGACUACGAGUCACAUUUGGAGGUGUGCGACACACUUCGCCAGAUCAACGAGGACGAUCACGACCUUUACUCCGGCCGCCGCUUCAACGAGUUUGAAUACCCCGGACCACAAAUGGAGGAGGCUUUGGUUAAUAUGACGAAUUGGGAUACCUUUUUGUACUCAAGAGAAUUUGCGGCUAUCAACAACGACCGCCCUCUGCGUCAAGCCACAAGACUAUUGACCUACCCAGUGACAGUCGCAAGUGUCCUCCACGAACUUAGCCCUUACAACAUCCGAAAAGGUGGCCGAUUAACGACGGAGGGGCUCAAGAGUUUGAGUGCACUGCGCUACACCCUUCACCCACCGCGAACAGGCGGUGGAGCUGAUGUCAAAGGCCUCCGCCUCAACCCUCCAGCGGUUCGAAUCUUCAUCGUUGGAGCGCGUGCCGAAUCCUCCCUGCCUCGACUAGUAUGGGCACAACUCAACUAUCUGUUCCCCCGUGUCAAGUUCCAUAUAAUAUUCAUUGGCCCCGAGUCCAUGGCCAAUCGCGAUGACGAAUUUCCGUUGCCUCCACGAACGCCUUCGAAUCCGUUUGGCGCGAUUGUUGAGGAUAGGAUAAGCCCCGAGCUCAAGAUUAGCACUUUCGUGGAAUACUAUCACACAAUGCAUAAAGCUGGUCAUUUCUACCCAUACGAUCCCUAUUUUGACUGUUUCAUGCUGUUCCAUCCCGGACUCGGCCACCCAGCCAGCUCACACGAGUGGGAAGAAACAUUGCCGCUUCUGUUGGAGACGAAAGUUCCGAUUUUAGCCACAGGCUACACGGAAUGGGACAUGCAGCGAGAUUUGAAAUGGGUAGAAGAAAAAAUGGGCGGGGAGGUUGAUUUACUGCUUGAACCCGGCGAGAAUAAGUUCCGGAGCUUGAGGUGGGACUUGAAUGAUCUCGAUCCUCAAGAUGUUAGCUGUGGAAAUUGGGGGCUAUGGGCCUUCCGAGGAAAGAGAUACGAAACGACUCGGAAGGAGGAGUAAACAUGUACUAUAUCUGCGGUCAAGAGUCAUGUACUCAGUCCUCUGUACAUUAUGCUCAGUGUAUAUCAUCAUGUUGACACUAUUAAUACAUGCUCUGCUUGGACCUGUACAAUUGUAAGAACAUUCGAGCUAACCAACUUGCCU